UCACCGCAAGAAGAAAGCACAUUAUUCAAAUUACCGUAUCCAAUAUGCCAUCUAAUGUUGAAAUUAAAGCAAAAAUUUCUAACUUUUCUUCUUUCUUACAGAGAGCAAUUUGCCUUUCAGAAAAGCCGGAAGUUGUUAUGAGACAAGUGGACACUUAUUUUAAAAUACCUGCUGGCCGCUUAAAACUUCGUGAUAUUCAGGGUGAAAAUGCUGAAUUAAUCUAUUACAACAGACCUGAUACAGAGGGCCCUAAGCUUUCAAAUUACAGUAAGCAAGUAUUUAAAGAUUCUGAAGAAGCUAAGGGCCUUAAAAAUGUUUUGACAUCAUCUCUUGGAAUACUUGGUGUAAUCAAUAAGCAGAGACAUCUUUUAGUGUGUGGCCAAACUAGAAUUCAUGUUGAUCAUGUGGAGCACUUAGGUCAUUUCAUGGAAUUAGAAGUAAUGCUGAAUGAAGAACAAACUCUUGAAGAAGGUCAGCUUAUAGCUAAUGAUCUCAUGGAAAAAUUAGAUGUUGCAAAUGAUGAUCUAAUUUCUGGAUCCUAUAUUGACAUGCUAGUAAAUAAAAAGUGAACCUAUGCAUUUCUCUCUCUCUUUUUUAACAUAUAUAAGUAGUAUAUACAGGGUGUUCAAAAAAAGAUAACGUCUGUCUUUAUUCCCUCAUAUGCCUAUCCAUUCCAAUAACAUUUCUUAAAAGUAGCUAGAGAAUUUUAUGAAAACAGUUUCAACAGUUUAAAUGAAAAUUUUUGUAAACUCUUACUUUAAAAAUUACCCCAGUCAAAAAAAAAAAAAAUUCCAGCUGAUGAAAUGUACAUUAUGAUUUAAUCAGUUAAAAAUAAAAGUUUCAUAUAUCUGCUUGUGAAAUUUGCAGUCAUACUAAAUAAUUAUUGCAUAAAUUGUUUCACCCAAAGUAGAACUAUUAAUUACGAGAAUAAAAAAUUUUGUCUUGUAGCUGCUUUUUAUUUUUAAAUUUUUCUCAAAUAUGUUAAAUUUAAUCAGUUACAAUGAAAAAUGAUCUAAUUGAAUUUUGGACUGAUUGGGUUAUUUAACUAGGUAAAGUACUAAGGCUAUUUAUUAAAGUUUUGCAUUCUUUUGGAAAGACUUAUAUGUUUUGUGACUCGGUAAGUUAGUCACUGGUGGAUGAUAAUUUAUUCUCGAAUGUAAUAGUCAUUAAUUUUGCAUGAAGCAAAUUAAAUUAAAUUGCAAAGUUAUUGGUUUUUAAUAAAUUAAAAUAUAAUGAAUAUUUUGCUUAACAGAUUUAUUAAUAUAUGUAAGGUUUAUAAAAUUGUGUUUUUAUUUUUGCAGAAUCAUCUAACUCACAAUGCUGAGAAUAUUCUCAUAAAAUUCGGUAUCUUGUUUUAAAAAACUUUGUGAAUAGAAAUUGAACCUAAGAUCUGUAUUUAUGUGAAUAAAACCUGUAAACAAUU